AAUUGAACGAGGGCACCUUAUUACAUCCAGUUUGUCAAACGAAGUAAAUGACCGGUCAUACUUUCUCAUCUCCAAACAUGCACUUUCCGGUAAUGGCGCGUCCAGUUAGCGCACAAGGGAUUAAGCGUAAUUUGGAUUCCUUAAUUAAUAAGCGGACUGAACCUGGCAGAUUGACUAGCAUCAGCAGCUGGAAUUUAGCAUCUGACUUGGAAGAGCGACAUUAUAACCCAACAAAACUAAACAAAUGGGGCUGCCCAAACCAUAACUGUGACCAGCAAGUGGUUUGGAGCAGCUCGUGUCGCAUCGUAAAUAGAUUUUACCUCUGUCCUCAGGACAUCAAAGAAGACGGGCAUGUUGUUCGAGUAGCGGAAGUGCACUAAAGAAGCAGCCAGCCACAGUGAGUGAGGAUUAUAGUUCACGGGAUGCGUCAGGUUUAUGGUAGGAACCGAUAAAUUUAUCAUAGUAUCUUGCAGGGAUCAGAUAGGCCAUAUCAGACGUCGAACACUGUCUCUACUGCAGCGGCUGCUAAUAGGCUACAGUAUUAUCCAGGGAAUAAGAUGGUGAAGGUAUAGUGUUGUCAGAACGCCCGAUGACAACGAGAAGGAAGAAGCACAAGAAACAAAGCACGGUCGGGAAAUAUGUCAAGUCUACAGAACUUGAUAUAGGGAGUGUUUGGUGUAAUGUGGCAAAGGAAACCAUGGAAUGUUCAACAAACUGGUUAACGGAAGACUUCCCGGAAGAAGCGCUGUCCUUAUACUAAACAACAAACCUUAGAGCUGGAGAAGAGGUUCCUCUACACUUUAGAGCAUGUACUUGACUCAAGAGCGCCGCCUAGAAAUUGGCUGCUGUGUGCACCUGACCGACAGGCAAGCCAAAAUAUAGUUCCCCAGAACCGCCAUAUAAAAUGGAGAAAUGACCUACGAAACGAGAAUCCUCGAACUCUAGCACGGUUAUGAGUUUUCCUCAUGACGAGAAUUCCAUCAACAUUUUUUUUAUAUUGUUUUCUUUAUUUUUUUUUUCUUCGAGAUUAUGUUAGCCUAUCUGAUUUUCGAGAAAGAAAUCAAUGUAUUUUGGGGGAAACAAUAAUCGUGGUUCAUUUACCAACGUAUGGAAAGUAAACGAUUUCUCUUUGUUCUCGCCAUAUGCCUAUAGACAUAGCCUAUGUUAGCACCGAGCAUUGUGAAAAAUAUAGGGCCUAAUUUAAGAUUAUAUAUAAUAUUUAAAAACAAAAACAAAUUAUAGGCCUAUCAUUGGCUAUUACAGCAUAGGCUGCUUGUAUCUAUCUUGAAAAUAGGCUACCAAGGCCGUUGAAUUAUGAAAUGAAUUAUGAACGACAUAUAUUCUCGAUGAAACAGGCGAAAAAAUAUUAUUCUGACAUAAUGAAUGUGCUUAUGUUUGUGUACAAACUUACACAUAGGCCUAUGUUGCUUUUUCAUUGUGUGUAUAUUUUUGCCUUUGUGUUUACUUGACAUUUGUUGAGUUUCGCUGUGAGAACAUAGUGUUUUCAAUAUGUAAUAGUCUACAUUCUAGAUUUUUAAGUCAUAAAUUUCGUUUUGCUAUGAAGUUUCCCGUUCUCUCUGCUGGAACCUAUUUAAACAUAGCUGCUACAGCCAGUGGCCACAACAUGGACACCGUAGUAUUAUGGCGAGUUUACUCCGCUUUUGUGACAUUUUAUUGCUGGCUACUUUAUGAGGCUCGUCACUUUUCUGAGUGACUACCCUCAGUAGAGACUGGAUAGAGGUAGGAAUAAAGACGUUCGGAUUUCAGGCGAUGGAAAACAGUCCAUUUUUGGUACGCCGUUUCAAGUUAACACAGGUAGGUGCUAUUCUGACAUUACUAGUCUUGGCUGUUACGGAAAAAUGCAUGUUGUUUGAUAGAAAAAGCAGUAAAGAUUAAAUGAAAGACAAUGCCGAUGAUUUGUUUAGAUAGCCUACCAUUAUUUGAUUUUUGUCUGAUGAUUUGAACCAGACUGUCGAGUGGUUUAGGUAGUUUCAUGUUGUUGGGAUUGUAUAAUUAAACCCUGCAACACGAAACUGUCUUAAUUGCCCCAGUUUAAUUCGUCAGUAACCUACAAUCGUUUUUAUCUAGUGGAUAGGCUACCGAAAAGCCUUUAAAUUUUACAUUAGAUUUUAAAUUUUACAGCCCUAUUUUUUCAGUUGUACGAAAUGCAGCUGCCUUUUGAACAUAAUUGCCAUGAGUUGUUUGUUUUUUUGUCGCUCAGUUGGUGAACCGCGCUGAUGGCAGAUACGGAUUUGUUCAACUCAAUGUAGACAGUACUUGACAAGGCCUCGGUUACGUCCAAUACACCGUAAUCGGCCACGUCUGCUGUAAGCAACAGCGACCUCGGUGGAGUUCCACUGAGCUAAAGAAAUUGCCUUCCUGUCUUCCGCCUAGCGCCGUAUAAGUGGCUGAACACAAAAGGCAAAAUUGGCUUUAUGGUGGCACUUCAGUACAGCUAAAGGGCCUAAAAUGCAUGAAUAGCGCCUAUGGUAAAACUCGGUUGUGUAACAAACACCAUAUCUCAGUUUACGGCAUCAAAGGGCCAUGCUGCUUCCGUCUCUUUUUCUCUCUCUUUUUUUUUUUGAGAAGUAGUGGCGUUUCCUGCUGUAAAAUCCUUCUGAAUGCCCUUCUGGUAAUCACUGGUGGACCACUAAACCGUGUGAACAAUUAUUUAAUUAUUUUUAAAAAGUAUAUAUGUACUUAGGGUUAUGUCUGUUAAAAAUACACCUGAUUAAAAAGUAAAAAAAAAAACAAAGGUCGAAAAAACAGUAAUUAGGCUACUUGUUUUAACUUGUGUAUUACGCAGUUGUUUUUUUUUUUUUUUUUUUUUUAAUGUUUUAUUUGCUGUUAAAUAGGCUGUUAAAAGUGUAUUUCUGUUUUUUAAGGCUACCAUUAUUUAGGCAAUAUAUAAACGAUACAUAAAUGUAACCCAUUUAUGGCCAAUGAUUGCCGAAUAAAACGUACAACAACAACAUUUAUAAUAAUUGUUUAAAUACCAUAUAAAAUUAUAUUGAAUAACAUAAUGAUAAUAAUAUAACAUUGUUACUACUUGACUAUAUGCUAUUAUUUAUAGUAUUAGAAUUAAUAAAAGCUCUUUCAUUUUUCAUAAGUGAUCCUCACAUUUUCUGUACCAAGUCACUUUGAAUGUUAUAAUGACCAUUUUGAUUUUAUAGUCUAUUCGAUCGAGUUAUUCGUUAAUAUAGGCUAAUAGUUAAUAUAAUGUAUAUUAUAUAUUAACUGUCAAAUUGUAUUUUUCCAUAUCCAUCAUAUUCUUCAGGAUUUAAUACCUUGUUUGAGGCAUUUAAGGCUGUUACAACGUGCAUUUUGUGUUUUUUUUUUUUUUUUUUUUUUCUGUUUUUAGUUUGUCUGAUAUGCAAUUUACAAAUAGCCUACAGAAGAUUCUGGAUAAUCAAUAAGAAGUUCUUUUGGAAUAAUGUACUAGGCUAUGUGAAGAUUAUAUUUUAAUGCAUAAAGGACACACAUUUAUUUAGAUAGUAUAGUACACUCAAAAAAGAUUUACUUUUUAAGAUUUACGCAAUUUAAUUAAUAUUAAAAUUCCAUCAGAUUGAAUUGAAUAAUCCUUACGCAAUUUAAUUGAAUAACUGAUUAAGGAUUAUUCAAUUAUUCGAUUAAAUUGCGUACACACUAAAAAAAAAAAAGUGCUAUAUAGCACUAAAAGUGGUUCUUGGCUCGUAAUCAUAGGGGAACCACUUUUUCUGCUAUGUAGCACCAUAUCUUUAAAGGUUCUCUACAGCACCUUUGUCAAAUGAUGUUAUGUAGAACCCAUAAGAGGUGCCAUAUCGCAUUUUAUUUCUUUAACAAAAAUGGUGCUAAACAGCAUCAACAGUGGUUCUUUGGCUCGUAAAGAACCUUUAAAGGGGUUUAACAGGUUCUUUGUACGGCAGUGGUGCUAUAUAGCACCUUAACCACCCCAAAGAACCACCGAAAAACCACUGAAGAACCAUACAGGGGCUUAACAGGUUCUGUAUACGGUAGCGGUGCUAUAUAGCACCUCAGUCACGCCAAAGAACCAGUGAAGAACCGCUGAAGAACCACUGAAGCACCAAGAUUUGGUGCUAUACAGCACUUAAUGUGGUUUCCCUAUGAUUACGAGCCAAAGAACCACUUUUAGUAUAGAACCAUUUUUUAGAGUGUAAGGAAUAUUCAUUUCAAUUUUAAAUUGCGUAAAUCUUAAAAAGAAAAAAAAAAAGAAAGAAAAAAAAAGUCUUACAUUUUUUUGGAGUGUAUCAGUAACAGUUUGCUGCUAACCACCAAGUGAAAAUAUAAAUAAACAGCGUUAGCUAAUUCAGGUCGUCAUUUACAUAACAAUACAUCAAAACAUCAGCACUGUAACAAUUUUAUUUUAACAACAGUGUAACUAAUCCCUCUACAUGUUUUUGGUCAGCAGUGUCAGUUUGAUUACAUUUCUGGCGAUGUCUCCUGCCCAUGACUUUUGUCUGCAGAAAGAAGUGUUUAAAUUUUGUAGAUAUUUAUUUCUUAUCAUAGCUUAUUCGAUUAAUGUUUUUACAGAAAAAGUAGAGUUUAAUUAGAACCAAUGCAAUCUUUUUUUACUUUUUUUUUUUUUUUUUUUACAGAAAUUCCAUUGAUUUUUUUUAUUGUGCUGUUCCAGUGGUCACGUGUGUACCUCACCCAAUCAAAUGGCAGUUUGCUCUCAACUUAUUAGCUGACUGGGGCUUUGUGAGGGGGAAGUUGCCUCUCCAUUUUCACAGAUUGUUAUUUUGUGAGCGUGUUACUGUAUGUGUGUGUGUUAAUGUUUUUAUGUGUGUGUAUGCAUGAGAGUGCGUCCCUGCCAUGUCGACAUCUGGAACUCUGACAGGAUACUAUAUUGACUCUCUUGUUAUGCCGGACAACGAGGAGAAUCGCUUCUCCUCAGGUUCAGGGCUCAUUCAGCACAGGCCCUCCGUUCUACCCACAGAUCAUACAGAGCUCGGUCCCUGCACAUUCCUGGCAAAGCAACCCGUUUAUGGUGGCUCAGGUUGGGGCCACAUCCCAACGCAUUUCUCCAGUGGUGUACCGUCAGUGUAUCAGCCGCAUACACAGCCUCCAGUAGCUGGGGAUUACGUGCAGUCUUGGCUUUUGGACUCUGCGUGUGGGCUGCCUUUCACUGAGCUACCGACGGUACAUCACUAUCAUACCAAACCCGAUACAAAUAGAACGAAUGAUGACGGCACAGAGGCCAGUUCAAAUGCUGUAAUCCCUCCUGGAGACUUCAUUAAUGGAGCAUGUUCUACCGACACAGAGAAAGUAUCUGGCCGGACUGCUGAGAAGGGAGGCGAUAUCGAGGAGAAACCGGGCGCACAUCCAGACAACCCUGUAUCCAACUGGCUUCACGCGAGCUCAACGCGUAAAAAACGCUGCCCCUAUACUAAGCACCAGAUCCUCGAGCUGGAGAAAGAAUUUUUAUUUAACACUUACCUCACGCGCGACCGGCGGUACGAGGUCGCCCGUCUACUGAACCUCACGGAGAGACAGGUCAAAAUUUGGUUUCAAAACCGCAGGAUGAAGAUGAAAAAAUUAAACAAGGAUGGAACGAAGGACGACCAAGAAUGAAGAGAUGAUACAUUCGUUUACUGAAAUGAUUUUCGUGGGAUUUUACAUUAGGUCUUCUGUCAUUCUUUUCAAGCAAACCAUAUUAAAGCAUGCAGGGAUCCUGUUGUUUUAAUGAAUUAUAGGCUAUGUGUUUCCAUCUUAAUGAAUACGGCACAAAUCCAUUUUUCAGACUUUCGCUGAUGCAGCCUAAAUAAUCUGUACUUAAUUUAGACCAAAUUUAUUAGGAAUGAAUGAACAUGUAGCUAUAUGUGCUAUUCCUCUUCGAUUGUAGGAUAAUGUAUCAUUGUGUAUUUCAGACCGCUAAUUAACGUUUUUCUUGUUCUGUAACUUUUCCUAAAUUUUGACUAGAAACAUUGGGCCUAGUUUUAUGUAAAGGUAAUACACUUAAGAUCAUGUGCCCGUAGAUUUGAUUUUUUUUUUUUUUUUUUUUUUUUUUUUUUUAAUUAAAUAU